UAGGGUUUUAGGGUAUUUGGUUCCUCUCCUUCGUCGAUUCGCCUUGCGCCUAGCGAUGGAGGAGCACUCGAUGUCUCCCGAGCUCCAAAACUUCCUCGAGCAAGAGAAGCAGAAGGCGAUGGUGAACGAGCUCGUCGGGAAGCUCACCGAUGUGUGCUGGGAGAAAUGCAUCACUGGAACUCCAUCCGGGAAGUUCAGUUCCAGCGAAACCAAUUGUCUCACCAAUUGCGCCCAGAGGUUCAUGGAGGCAAGCGUUCUCAUACUGCGCAAGAUGCAGCGUUGAUUCAUCCAUCAUCCCAUUCGUCCCGAUCGAUCAUCUUCAAGAAGAAUGAAAGAGAGAGAGAGAGAGAGAGAGAGAAAAAAAACACAAAAAAUGAGAGGGGAAGCACCAAAUCACGGGGAGAAUUUUGUAUCAUUCUCUUCAUCCGAGUCUUUGACAUUUUGAGUUUGAAAGUUUGAGCUCCUUUGCUUGCGUUGGAGUUAACUGAGAUCCA